CCGCAGUCGAUUGUCGUUUCUUCCACAGCAUUCUUCUUUUCGCAAUGGCGCCCUCGGUCGUUAUGAUAGAUACCUCGGACGACUUCUCCUUCGCUGCCCCAGUGGCGGCGACUGAGAAGAAGCAGCAGCGCACGUUGCUGCUAGCACCGCCGUCUCUCGCCUCACAUCCCACUGCGCUUACCAACGUGCUCUCGCAACAUGAUCGCUCCACGACCGACCUCCAGAUGAUUGACCGGUUGUCCGCCGGGCUCGUCAAUCUCCCCUCCGCGACAUACGAUCUCGUCCUAGUCCUCGCCGACGCCUCUUCGUCUCUAAAUGAAGUCUUGCCGCUCUUGACCCGAAGCAUCCUCGGCCCCAUCGCAGAGUCGCUCAAGCCAAACGGACGGCUGCAGUCGCAGAGUGGCCGAGAGCUGGGACAGAAUGCUGCGCUGGCAAAGGAGGCCGUUUUGGCAGGAUUGGUUGCCUCCAACGGAGGUUUCGACAAGCCUGACUAUGGCACCAACGAAGGCGUAGUCUCUCUCAAGCUGGGCAGCAAGAAGAAGAAGUUGGCCGUUGCUGCUCCUCCCGCGCCCGUCCAAACACUCGAGGUCAAGCCUGUCGUCCCCGCUGGCGUUGGCUUUGUCGACUUUUCUGACGAUCUCGAUGCCGAUUACGACGACGAUGACCUCAUCGACGAAGACACUCUCAUGACGGAAGACGAUCUCAAGCGCCCCAUCAACAUCCCUCUCGAAUGCCAGCCCAAGGCCGGUAAGCGACGCCGCGCCUGCAAGGACUGCAGCUGCGGUCUCGCCGAGCGCCUUGCCGCCGAAGACGAUGCCAAGCGUGCCGCCGCCGAUGAGAAGCUCAAGAGUGUCAAGCUCGCCGUCGACGACCUCGCAGAGAUUGACUUCACCGUCCAGGGCAAGGUUGGAUCCUGCGGCAACUGCGCUCUGGGUGAUGCUUUCCGCUGCGACGGAUGCCCGUAUGUCGGACUGCCGCCGUUCAAGCCUGGUGAAGAAGUCAGGCUGCUGAACAAUGAGAUUCAGUUGUGAAGCUAGUUCACAAGUUACGUUAUGACUGGGUUUCUGUUAUCAUGAUUAUGGGCGCAUUACUGUUAUUGUUAUUGCACGAAUUGCAUCACGGAGUCGGGGAGCUUUUUAAGACAUCUACCAUUAUCUGGCUGGAUACGGGUUAACAAUAUUUGGAGGGGAUAACGAUAUCUAAAGGGUCGUUGAAAAUAGCGGGCUAGAGACCCUUUCCGGUCCCCUCUGCACGGCGUUUUUUUGGGUGCGGACACUUUGACGAUGUGUCACUUUUAGAGAAUCAGAAUAUAUAUCUAUUUUUUUGCUUAA